GCUUGCAUUGCCUGCCUAGCUACAUUUGACUUGCUUCCAUUCCAUCCACUCAACUCAAGCAAGAUCUACUGUAAGUAGCUUGGAUAAGAUCAUCGAUGGAGGAGCUGUGGAAGGAUAUGUCGCUGUGCACCACCCCGCCCGCGCUACAGUCUCACCACCUCCACUCCCCGGCCGCCGCUCCCUACCGCGGCGCCGCCCACCCCCAGGACUACCUCGCCGGCGCCGUUCCGCAGCCUCCCCGCACGCCGCCGCCUCACACGGCGCUCACCCUGGAGUUCACCUGCCCCGGGGGGACCGGCGCUGCCAACUCGGCCACCAGCUCCGGCGACGACCCAGCCGGCUGUCACUUUGGCUUAUCCGCGUCCGGAGGCGACAGCAAGAGAGCCGCUGUGCAGCCAGUGGCGGGCGGCGACCGGCGGCAGCGCCGGAUGAUCAAGAACCGGGAGUCGGCGGCGCGGUCGCGAGCGCGGAAACAGGCCUGCACCAACGAGAUGGAGCUGGAGCUGGCGCAGCUGCGCCGGGAGAACAGGAUGCUAAUCCAGCGCGAGCAGGACUUCAUCAACGAUCGUUUGGCGAAGGCGGCGCAGGCACCCGUCCCAGACUGCAGCAGCGGGAGCACUAGUAGUACGCUCCAGCAGAAGCAGCAGCGGCAGAAGCAGAGGUGCCGCUCCGCCCCUCCACCAUGAAUCAUGAUCACCGGCCGUCGACUGUAGCAGCAGCUUCAUUGCACUUACAAUGGAUUGAUUGUCCAAGCUAGCUAGCUAGCUAGAUGAGAUGACUUAUUCAGCACUGGACUACUUGUUAACAAAGUACCACUAUGUAUGUAUGUAUGUAUGUAUGUAUGUAUGUAUCGAAUCAUAGCCUUUCUUGCUUGCAAAAGUAAUUAAGCAAGGAUGUAGCUCGACGAUGGAUGGAAGGGAAGCUAGUUAACUAGAGUAGUAUAGUAUAAUAGAUUAAUAAAUGAGUCUCUUUCCUUAAUAUAUAUUGAGGCCAGAGAUGAAUGGAUCAAUUGAGCUAGGAGUACGUACGUGCGCAAAUUAACGGCUUUUCCAUCACAAGCCUACUUGAGCGGGCAGUGGCCUGGCCUGGCAAGAAAUAUACUCCUACGUACAUGAAUGACACAUGCAUGCAUGAAUGAUGAAUCUAUGAUAAAAUGGAUUCUCUUCAGGCUAG